GUCGAUAUUUUGCCCUCAUCACAUACUAACCCUUUUACCCAGCCAUUGUGUAUAGAUUUCGACUGUUUAAGCUCGAACAACGAAACAUGCGAUGUGGACCUAACAGGAACUGUCCUUGCUUGAUGCUCAUGGUUGCAAUACCACAAACAGCCAAUGCUUCCAUGCUGUACUAUGCUCAGACCUUGAUUGCAGACUUUAUUCAGAGUGCAGCACAGGCAGAGUACGCAAGUGUGUCAGUGUCAGGUUGCAGUACCUUCACUAGCGUAUACCCAUCAAGUCAAUCGGUCCUCGAUAGUGGAGCGUAUACUUUUUGUAGCUGUGGAGAUGACAUAUACGGUCUCGCUCGCGGGGUAUCAGGUACCUCUACAACGUCUUGGUGUAAGGGAAUCGAAGCCACGCCAAGCGGGUUUACUCAGGUAUCCACUACCACGCAUGCCGCGAAAACAGCAACUCAGCAAAGCAUUAACCCCAGCGCUGUUGCUUCAAGUAUUCUGGUCAUUCCUCCGCCUAUCACCACUACUACAUCUACAUCUUCAACGAAAAAUCCCGGGGAGCCAUACAGCUUGACUUGUGCUGCUCCGUUUUGCUAAAGCCAAGUCGGGCGGGGUGUCAUUUGAUUUGACAUUGAAUAUGCUUUGCAUUUUUUAUUACACUUUGUUGUUCUGCAAAGGUCUCUGUCGCCU